AGUUGGCUGGUUGGUUGGUGGGAUGCGGACUUUCUAAGAGGCAACUCCCUCGACCGCCUUCGAAACUUCAAACUCCACACGCACAUCUGGACGCACACAUUUCUCCUUUCGCUGCGGGAGCCGCCAAACCUCUCGGACGAGAUGUCGCUCCUGCUCCACGUUCUGACCUCUCUGGCCCUGUGGUGUCCUGUCCGGGCGCUGGUGCCCGAGUUCGGGGACGUUUGCACGGAGGGCAGCUGCUACCCCGCCACAGGUGACCUCCUGAUCGGCCGGGCGCACAAACUCACCGCCUCCUCCACCUGCGGCCUGAACGAGCCCGAGCAGUUCUGCAUCGUGGGGCAUCUGGAGGAGGAGAAGAAAUGUUUCAUGUGCGACUCCAUUCAGACGUAUGACGAGGACGGCUACCCCACCGCCAACCCCGAAAGCCACACCAUCGAGAACGUGGUCACCACCUUCGCCCCGAACCGCCUCAAGACCUGGUGGCAGUCGGAGAACGGUGUGGAGAACGUGACCAUCCAGCUGGACCUGGAGGCCGAGUUUCACUUCACUCACCUCAUCAUGACCUUCAAGACGUUUCGUCCGGCUGCCAUGGUAAUCGAGCGCUCCAUGGACUUCGGGAAGACGUGGCAGGUUUACCGCUACUUUGCCAACGACUGCGAGCUAAUCUUCCCCGGAGUUUCCACGGGGCCGUUGGCCAAAGUGGACAACAUCAUCUGCGACUCCCGCUACUCGGAGAUCGAACCGUCCACCGAGGGAGAAGUUAUAUUUCGGGUGUUGGACCCAGCCUUUGAGAUUGAUGACCCCUACAGCCUGAGGAUACAGAACAUGCUGAAGAUCACCAACCUCCGAGUGAAGUUCAUGAAGCUCCACACGCUGGGCGACAACCUGCUCGACUCCCGCGACGAGGUGACGGAGAAGUACUACUACGCCCUGUAUGACAUGGUCGUGAGGGGGAACUGCUUCUGCUACGGCCACGCCUCCGAGUGCGCGCCCAUCGAAGGGGCGCCGACCGGAGCCGAGGGCAUGGUCCAUGGCCGCUGUGUGUGCAAUCACAACACCGAGGGUCUGAACUGUGAGCGCUGCCAAGACUUUUACCACGAUCUGCCUUGGAGGCCUGCAGAGGGACGAAACACCCACUCCUGCAAGAAGUGUGAGUGUAACCAACACUCCGCAUCGUGUCGCUUCGACCUCGCCGUGUACAUGUCGACCGGGAACGUGAGCGGAGGCGUGUGCGAGGACUGUCAACACAACACGAUGGGUCGACAGUGCGAGCAGUGUCAACCUUUCUUCUACCAGCACCCCAACAGAGACCUGAGGGACCCCCACGUCUGUGAACCGUGUAGCUGCGACCCGACCGGCUCGCUGGGCGGCGGCAUGUGCGACCCCCGGACGGACGUGGUCGCCGGGCUGAUCUCGGGUCAGUGUCGAUGCAAAGCCAACGUGGAGGGAGAGCGAUGCGACAACUGCAGACAGGGACACUACGGCCUGGGACAAGGGCCGGACGGCUGCCUGCCUUGUACCUGUAACCCUCUGGGAACGCUGCAGGGAGCCAACUCCUGUGAUCCGGUCACAGGAAACUGCUUCUGCAAACGACUCGUGGACGGACAGAACUGUGAUCAGUGUGUGCCACAGCACUGGGGUCUGUCCAAUGACAUGGACGGCUGCAGACCAUGUGACUGCGACCAGGGCGGCGCUCUCAACAACAACUGCGACCCUGAAUCCGGUCAGUGCGAGUGCAGGGAUCACAUGUUCGGACGCCGCUGCGAUCAAGUUGAGUCCGGCUUCUACUUCAUCACUCUGGAUCACUACACGUACGAGGCCGAGGACGCCAACCACGGACCCGGUGUGACGGUGGUACCGAGGCCGUACCCUCAGGAUCGGAGUCCCACUUGGACCGGGAUGGGCUUCGUCAACGUGCCGGAAGGAGCUUAUCUGGAGUUCAACAUCGACAACAUCCCAGACUCCAUGGACUACGACAUCCUCAUACGCUACGAGCCGCAGUUGCCUCAGCAGUGGGAGCAGGUCAACGUCCGAGUCGAGCGUCCUGUCUUCAACCCUCCGAACUACCACGGCCACUGCAGCGAGUCCGUCCAGAGCGGCGACGAACAGUCCAUCUCUCUCCCACCGGGAUCCAGACACGUGCUGCUGUUGAGGCCGGUGUGUUUGGAGAAAGGACUGAACUACACCGUCCACCUCAGUCUGCCCUUCUACUCGUCCGUCAGCGACGUCCCGAGCCCGUACACGCUCAUCGACUCCUUGGUGCUGAUGCCGCGGGUCAGAGAGCUGGACAUCUUCCACGGGGCGGACGGCGAAGGAGCGUGGGAUACGUUCCAGCGCUACCGAUGUCUGGAGAGCAGCCAGAACGUGGUGAAAAGCCCCAUGACCGACAUCUGCAACGACUACAUCUUCAGCGUCUCUGCUCUGCUGCACAAAGGAGCCAUGGCAUGCCAGUGUGACCCUCAGGGUUCUCUCAGCACCGUAUGUGAAUCCAGUGGAGGUCAGUGUCGGUGUCGAUCCAACGUCGUCGGCAGGAACUGCGACCACUGCGCCCCGGCUACGUUCCUGUUCAGCCCCUCCGGCUGCAGACCUUGUGACUGCGAUCCUCGGGGCUCGCUGAGCGCCUUCUGCCACGAGUCGACCGGCCAGUGCGAGUGCGUCCCGGGGGCCACGAGUCGCCAGUGUUCCCACUGCCUGCCGGGCUACUGGGGCUUCCCGCAGUGCCGACCGUGCCACUGCAACGGCCACAGCGAGUACUGCCACCCUCUGACCGGAGAGUGUCAGGGCUGCAGGGACUUCACCGCCGGACACCACUGUGAGAGGUGUCUGGACGGUUACCAUGGCGACCCGGAGUUGGGUUCAGGCGACCACUGCCGCCCUUGCAUGUGUCCGGACGGGCCUCGCAGCGGGCGCCAGUUUGCAGAGGGCUGUUACCUCCUGGCCAACAUCAACCAGCUGGUGUGCGUGUGCAGCCCCGGCUACAAAGGUGCCAGGUGCGACCAGUGCUCCCCCGGUUACUACGGGAACCCCCUGGUGCCGGGCGGCCGCUGCACGCCCUGCCAGUGCAACAACAACAUCGACAUGCACGACCCGGGGUCCUGCGACACGCGCACGGGCGCCUGCCUCAACUGCCUGCACCACACCCAGGGCCACGCGUGUCAGCACUGCAAGCUGGGUUACUACGGCAACGCGGGCGAACAGGACUGCAGGAAGUGCAUGUGUUUCUCCACGGGGACGGUACCUCAGGCCUGUUCGUCGCCUGAUGACUGCCAGUGUGACCAGCGUAGCGGCCAGUGUCCCUGUCAGCCCAACGUGGUCGGACCGAACUGCGACCGCUGCGCCCUCGACACCUGGAACAUCGCCAGCGGGACGGGCUGCCAGCGCUGCGACUGCGACCCCGACCACUCCGAGGGAACCUCCUGCCACGUGAUCACGGGCCAGUGCAGGUGCAGACCCGGUUUUGGUGGCAGGACCUGCCGGGAGUGCAAAGAGCUGUUCUGGGGCAACCCGAAGGUCAAAUGUCACGCUUGUGACUGCGACCCUCGGGGAAUAUCCAGUGAGCAGUGCCAUCGCGCUACAGGACAGUGUACCUGUGUGGAGGGCGUGUCCGGCCCACGCUGCGACAAGUGUGCCAGGGGCUACCAGGGUGAGUUCCCCUCCUGUGAACCCUGCCACCAGUGCUUCGCCGUCUGGGACGCGGUGGUUGGCGAGUUAACCAACCAAACCAAACGUCUGGACGCCCAAGUGACGGAGCUGCAGACGGUCGGGGUGACGGCGCCGUACAGAGAGUUAAUCAACAGCCUGGAGAAAAACACCAAGGCGGUCAGAGAGAUAGUCGAGAACAAUCCUGCAGCGGUCAAGUUCGAGGAGAUACAAGACCUGAUGCAUCAGAUCACCGGUUUGAUGUCGUAUCUCAACGGACAGCUGAACACCACAGAGGACACCUUGGACGGUCUCCACAGCGACGCUAAAGUCACCCAUGCAAACUUGGACCUACUGACCGACGAGGCCAAACAACUGGAUAGAGACGUCCAGGAGCUGAGGCAGCAGGUGCACAACAUCAAGAACACCAACAUCCAUGGUGCAUUGGACACCAUUUCUGAUGCACAUAAGGAGUCUAAGAAUGCCGAACUCCGCGCCAAGGCCUCCACCAGCGAUCCCGGCAACACAGUCGAGGAGUCCGCUGCUGUACGGAAAGCCGCCGAGGACAAACUGAGCAGCAGCGAGAGGGAAUUUGACCGAAAGCACCAAAGAAACACGCAGAAGCUGGACAAGCUCUCCAAGGAGCUGGAUAAAUUUGACCUGUCUCCACUCAGUGAGAAGACGUGUGGUGCUGCUGCUCAAGAUGACGCCUGCUCAUCCUGCGGUGGUUUGGGUUGUGCUGGCGAGGACGGCAUGACUCGGUGUGGAGGAGAAGGAUGUGGAGGCGUCGUCACCACUUCUCAAAUGUCUCUAAAAUCAGCCGAAAAUCUGGACCAGGAGAUUGUAGUAGCUAUGCAGGAGGUGGACAAGCUCUCCAGGAUGGUGUGGGAGGCCAAGAACCGUGCAAAUGAGGCCAAGAUAAACGCCAUGGACGUGCUGGUCAAAUCCAACCAGAGCAAAGAGAGAGUGGAGAAAAGCAACGAGCAGCUCCGCAACCUCAUCAAAGAGAUACGAGACCUCCUCACCAAUGAAAAGGCGGAUGUGUCCGUGAUCGAGGCCGUGGCCAACGAGGUCCUGGCUCUGGAGAUGCCGACGUCGCCGGAAAAGCUGCAGGAGCUGACGAAGGAGAUCAAGGAGAAGGUCGGCACCCUGACCAGCGUGGAGACGAUCCUCAGUCAGAGCGCCGAGGACGUCAAGGCUGCAGAGUCGCUGCUGAAGGAGGCCAAGAUUGCUAGUGAGGCGGCGUCUAGCAUGAAGGAGAGGGCAGACAAAGUGAUGACAGCGCUGGAGGAGACUGAGCGUGCUCAGAACAUCGCCCGGGACGCCAUCCAGUUGGCCCAGAAUAACACUAAAGGAACCCUGGACCUGUUGGUCUCUGUGGAGACGGAGACGGCCCAUUCGGAGCUGAAGCUCAGUAAUACCACGGGGCGUCUGGUGCAACUAGAGAGGGAGGUCAGGCUCCUGAGACAGGAAAACCUGGAGGUGAACCAACUGGAGGCGGCGGCAACGGCAACAUCUGACCGGGCCAAACAGGGCGCAGACGAGGCACAGCAGGAGUUUGAAGAUGUGGUGAAAGAUAAAUUUGAGGCGGUGGAGGUCCAGGUGGAGGAUAAAGGGGAUUCGGUGCUGCAAGCGAGGAGAAGGGCGGACGAACUGCAACUGGAGGCCAAAGAGCUGCUCGACCAGAGCAGCAAGAAGCUGCAGAGGCUCGGAGAGUUGGAGCGCUCCUACGAGGUCAAUCAGCGCGUCCUGGAGGAAAAAGCUGAAGAACUGGCCCAGCUGGAGCAAACUGCCCGUCGCAUCCUGGAGGAGAUCAGUCAAAAAGUGACGCUGUACAGCACCUGUGUGUGAUCAAGUCGUCUCUGGCCUUCUCUGACUUUUUAUAGUAUUUUUUAACGUACCGCACCAGAGAGACUGCUCCCUUUUAUAGCUGUUAAGACACAACACUGUAAUAUAUUUGACGUUAUCGUGCCAAAAAGUGUUUCAACUACAGAAACUAGCUUUAACAAUAGCUCUGCCAUUAAAGUGUUGAAUAAUGAGUCCCAAAGGAAACCACUAGAAGCCAAUGUGACCUCAAAUACAAGAAUGUGUAGAACAUAUAGAACAGUUUAAAUGUGUGUUUAAGUUUUAAUUGUGCUUAAAACGACCAAAGAUAUAAUUUGUGAAACCAACAAAUAUUAAAGUUUGAUUUUAAUUA